AUGGCCCUUCAUAUUAGCAGUGGUUGUUUUGCUGUGAUAUGUCACUCAAGAGUUCACAGAAUAAGAGCUACUGCUGCUUCAGAUGGUUCUGCUACUCUUAAUACAGUGGUGGAGGAGAAGGUGAAAUUGGGUGGCUCUGAUUUGAAGGUCUCAAGGUUAGGAAUUGGAGCUUGGUCUUGGGGUGAUACCACUUACUGGAACGAUUUGGAAUGGAAUGAUAGGAAUGAGAAGGCUGCUAGAGGUGCGUUCAAUGCCAGUAUUGAUGGAGGUGUAACCUUUUUCGACACUGCUGAAGUCUAUGGUUCUGGGCUUGCUUUAGGAGCCAUAAACUCUGAGGUUCUUCUUGGAAGAUUCAUUAAGGAAAGAAAACAAAAGGAGCCAGAUGUUGAGGUUGCUGUAGCAACCAAGUUUGCUGCGCUGCCAUGGAGAUUCGGCCGUCAAAGUGUUCUCAAAGCCCUUAAAGAUUCCCUUUGUCGAUUAGGACUGACUUCAGUGGAUCUUUAUCAGCUUCAUUGGUCAGUAUUUUAUGAGUCUGUCUAUUUUAUCCAAAAUCCUUUGUUGAUGAUAUUUUUCCUGCUUUUCAGGCCUGGAGUUUGGGGAAAUGAAGGGUAUAUUGAUGGUUUGGGAGAUGCUGUUGAAAAGGGACUUGUGAAGGCUGUUGGGGUUUCAAACUAUAAUGAAAAGAGACUCCGUGAAGCUUAUGAGAAGCUGAGGAAGAGAGGUAUUCCAUUAGCUGCAAACCAAGUAAACUACAGCCUCAUCUACCGAGCCCCUGAAAAAAAUGGUGUAAAGACUGCCUGUGAUGAACUUGGGAUUACAAUAAUUGCAUAUUCACCAAUUGCUCAAGGUGCUCUAACUGGAAAGUACACUCCUGAUAAACCACCAAGUGGACCUCGAGGCAGAAUUUAUACUCCUGAAUUGCUGACAAGGCUCCAACCUGUGCUGAACAAGAUCACUGAAAUAGGAGAGAAGUACGAUAAAACUCCUACACAGGUAUCCCUGAACUGGUUGGUAGCACAAGGCAAUGUUGUGCCAAUUCCUGGAGCCAAGACAGAAGAACAAGCUGAGGAAUUCAGAGGUGCCCUUGGCUGGAGACUCACUGAUGCAGAGGUGGCUGAGCUGCGUAGUUUGGCUUCAGAAAUUAAGCCUGUUAUUGGUUUUCCAGUUGAAAACCUCUAG